GUCCAGAAAACAGCCAACCAAGUACUUGUGCAUAAUCUUCUGGCGGUGAUACUUACUUACUGCACUGAGAUCUUACCUGUGAACGAAGCACGCGACACCAUCGACGUGACCAAGCAGACCGCUCUCGUGCAAUCAGAUGCCUUGGAAAGCGCGCGCAGGCGAGCCCUACACACACCCAUGUACGAGAAACGCUCGGCGCACGAUAAUGAAAUGGCCGACUUUGCCUUUGGGGCUGGUGACG